AUGGACAACAGUCAACAACAACAGCAACAGCAAAGUCAACGGAGGCGAUCUAAGUCGGGUUGCAACACCUGUCGUGCUCGAAAGGUAAAAUGUGACGAGCGGCCAGAAGGCUGCGCCAACUGCGAAAGACUUCAGCUGGAAUGCUCUGGCUACGGACGUUCGGCAGUUCAACGCUCUGGUACCCGAAGGGCGCGGCGAACGUACCGAUCUUGCACAAACUGUCGGCUGAGAAGGGCCAAAUGCUCUGGUGAACGGCCGGCUUGUAUGAGGUGCAGGAGUAGACAUCUUGAAUGCCGGUAUGGAGAUAAUGUCGAGCCCGCUUGGUCACAGCGCCUGGCAGGUAUUGCGGAUCCACCGGACGGAUCGAGCCCACCGGGAGAGGAGACCGAGGGGGAGGGCCUGCCUCUGACAUGGGUUGACGAAGAAUUAUCACCAGACUUGGGUCCAAGCGCCUUACUACACAUUGUCUGUGCUCUGGGUGCCCAUACAACGUGUCAACAGUUGUCGCCAGAAUUCAUACUGCGAUCGGGCCGGCGAUGGGCAGAAAAGGCUUAUGAAAUGGUCCUAAAGGAUUUGGACAAGAUCUCCGUUGACAAUCUCAUGGCCUCUCAACUGCUCUACGACUACGCUUUACGAGUGGGCAACUUUGCCCAAGCGUUCAUGCUCGGAGGCAUAACUGCACGCAUGGUCCAGGCAUUGCAACUAAAUCUCGAGUAUUCCACCGACGUGCUCUGUACCGAACCUGGGCUUUCCAUCUCCGCGCGAGAAGCGCGCCGCAGAUUAAUGUGGAGCUGCUUUGUGACCGAUGCCCUUCUCGGGAGUGGAGUUGACCAGCUUAUGCUGAUUGACGAGAGAGACAUAAAGAUACAGCUACCAUGCAAUGAGCGGCGGUUCGUCCAAGAAACUGCGUGCGUGACGCGAACGCUCGACGGUGGUGUUCUUGGGUUCCUUCAACCAGACACUAUCCCCAUCAACCCAGACGAGAACAUGGGAAUCAUGGCCUAUUUUGUCCAACAUAUUCAAGUUCGCAAGCAGGUUCUCCGUUAUAUAAAGCAUCUCGAUACAGCUAUUUCACCAUGGCUUCCAAACUCAGAAUUUGCCAUCCUAGACAAGGCAUGUUGGAAAUGGUACGAUAAUCUGCCGGAGAGUUUACAGUUUACGACGUCCACAAUUUACGCGCGGAAAGCUUCUUCCCAACUAGGAGCACUCGUCCUCUUACACUGCUCUCACUAUCAGACCCUGUGUGACCUAUAUCGCCUAGGAGCCCCAGCUCUGUUUAAGCUGCGUUCCGCUAUCGAUUUUCCACCGGAGCAGAGCGAGUUUCUCCAAAAACUGCGGGGGGAUUUGUACAACGCAGCUAGAACCCUUGCUACAAUCAUUGGCGAGGCUGAGCGACAUGGACCCUAUAUCCUCUCAGACACUUGGCUUCCGACCAUCACGUAUGACAGCUCUCGCAUUAUGUUGUAUUACCUUACCCAGCUUAUAGACCCCCGCGAACAAGAUAGCAAGGAACUUGUGGUUCAGACAAUCCCUUAUUUGGAAAGUAAUAUUCGUGCACUGAAAGCCAUGCAGCCGUUGAAUGCCGUGUCUGAGCGACUCGUACGUUUACCACAAACUACGAAGCCAUCGCUAACUGGCAACUAG